AUGGGAGCCAUCCAAGACUCAGCGGGUACCACUCUCGUGGUGCCUGAUAUCAGAAACGAUGAAAGCUUUGGAGAGAUCGCCCGGAAACUAUCAUUGUACGUUGGCUUCGCCAUCUCGUUCACUUCGCCUCAAUACUUCUGCUGCAUCAUCGAGGCUGUCCAGUCGCCCUUGACCUGGGAUGACCUGCGCAGCACCAAGCAUAUCAAAACCCUGCAACCAAUCAUCGAUCACCUCUCGACAUCAGUGCACCAUCCUGCUUUGGUUGCUGCUCUGCUUGCUCUCAAAGGCCAUUUCGUGGCCAUCGAGUCAGACGAUGACUGCGGCAUCAACUCAUCGCGUGGACUUGCUUGUGAGCUUAUUGCCUGGCAAUUUGUCCUGAGACUGUCUGAGCGGGACACCCUCGAUUACUUGUUGUUCGAAUUACUCAGUGACGGAAAAUAUGCACCUCCGGACGAGGAUGAGGAAGCCGCCUGCGGUUCGAAUAGCCGGGGCAGAAACGGCGCCGUCCAUAAGGGCAAAAGUGGCAGUAGCCCACACGAACGCACGGCUUUGCUGCACGAGCAAACCCAUGCCAGCGGUAGUGCUGCGCAGUCUCGCGCUUCCAGUGCCACCUUCACCGAGUACCGACAGGUCUGUAACUAUGGCGAGCCCUGCGCAUUCUCGGAGCCUUUUCUGGACCUGAACACUCUCGAGAUAGCAGCGGUUUCUAGCGCGAAGAAGUUCCUGUCGCAACGCUGUGUACAGGAUCUGGUGGAUGCCAUCUGGCGUGGUGACGUCGUUUUCUGGGACGCCCUCACGGCUAAGACGGUCAAGAAGCCACAUUUCUACCGCCGUGACCAGACACAAGACCGAAGGCUUCUACUCAACAUGACAGACGGACCGCCGGGCGCUGAUCCCUGGACACGGCUCCGCGUGCCGAGAUACAUGAAAGCAUUUGAGAUGGUAUUCUUUCUAACGCUCCUAGCCCUAUUCUACGCUGUCAGCCUGCAGCGCGUUGAGAAGUACGUGACUGGCUGGGAGGUCGUGCUGUAUGUGUUCAUUGCGGGCUACGCAGCUGAGCAAUGGGGUCAGUUCGUUGAAAACGGAGCUCAGUUCUUCAGCACGGACAUCUGGAGCUUAUGGGACAUUGGUAUCAUAUGCAUAGGCACGACAUUUUUCGUGCUCCGCAUGGUGGGGCUUGGUACCGGGGAUGAACUUGUCAAAGGCGAAGUUGCGUUCGGGGCAUUGGCCCUGAUGAGUCUGUUCUUGACGCCCCGCAUAUUCAGUUUGCUGAGCUUGAACAAGUACUAUGGAAGUCUGCUUCCAUGUCUUAAAGAGAUGGGAAAGCAGUUUGUCCGCUUUCUAGGCUUCGUCCUCAUCAUCUACGUCGGCUUCUUCAGCACGUUCUAUUUGCUUGCAAGAGGUCACUUUCCACUGGACAAACUAUCCAUUACCACCCUCAAAGUAUUCUUUGGUGCCGGCGUAGUUGGCUUUGACGUUGCUUCUCAAAUAUCCCCAUAUCUGGGUUUGCCCGUCAUGGUAAUCUUUGUAUGCCUUACCAAUCAAUUGCUUAUCACCAGUAUGAUGGCACAUAUCAGCAAUAGCCUGCGUCAAGUACUUGACUCAAGUCGAGAGGAGUAUUUAUACGUGUACUCGGUUUACGUUCUCGAGGCGUCCACAUCAAAUAAACUCACAUACUUCUUCAUGCCCCUAAAUCUUGUGCCCAUCCUGGCUCAUCCGUUUCUCAUUUUUGCGAGCGAGCAAAGUGCCAGAAAAGCCCGCAUCUUCUUACUGAAACUUACUCAUGCUCCUAUUAUGAUCUCAAUAUGGGCAUUCGAACGCUGGGAGGACUAUGUGCGUGCCAAGCGUGCGGCCGAACUUGACAGCAUGCGUUUCUGGACGAUGGAAGGCAGCCACAAACGCCAGGGCCGGUCCAUCGGUGGCAAAUCUCCAAGUAAUACCCGAGUUGCGAAACUUGGUCGCCAACCCCAAAAGUCUUCUGGAUGGCAAGUCCCUUCAGACCUGAUGGCACUAUCGAGAAAUCCGACCAGGGAAGUACAGAUGCUCGCUGGUGCAAGUUCUCAACUGGCGCGAGCACAGCCCCUUGGUCCAGCAACAGAAGGUGAUGGUGCGAAGAAUCGAAAUGCUGCGAAGAAAAAGGCGGAACAGCAAGAGGGGAAACCGGAUCGGAGCAACGACAAUGAGAUGGAGAUGAUGCGGAUGCUUAAGGACCUUGCCGUCGAGGUCCAGGAGCUGAGGGCCGAGUUACGUGCACAGAAGAAGAAGAAGAACUAA